AUGAUUGAAGGAGAACUGUCAGUACCUAACAUUAGCAAAGCACCUGUUCUAAAAGAUAUACAAAAAGAGAAGGUAAUGUUUACCACAAAAGAAGAUGAAGAAGAAGUUUUGCAUCCACUAAUAGAGCUCAACAAAUCAUUUGCUAGUUUAAUGAGAAAGGUAAGAACAGAAUUUUUUGAGAAAGUAGCCUCAGACCCUAAGCUACUCACUGAUUUAACAACAUGGAUCGAGACUUACAUGCAUUGGAAUGAUAAACUAACAAAUGCAUCAUUAGAUGAAACUUUCAAUAUCAUUCAUCCGUUUUAUGAUUUCAUCGAUUGCAGUCUAAUAGUGGACAUGAGUGAAGAAUUUCUUUGUGAUGUCAAAUUUAAUGAUGAUGAAAAAUUGAAUAUUGUCAAUAAACUACAAAAUUACAGGAAAGAAGCUGAUAAACUUAGAUUUUCAGCUCAAGUGAAACAUCUUCAUAAAUCAUUACAAACAAUUUAUGAAGGACAUAUACCAGAUACAUCAAAUAUGCCAAUAAUAUCAAUGAAGCUUCAUAAUCAAUGGCAUGGUAGCGAUAUCAAUGUACUCUCUCUACUGAUCCACAACUUACUUCCAAUUGGACAGCAGCAGUCAAUAAUGAAAUAUAUUACAAUAACUCCUGGAUCUGUUAAUACCACAUCAGGUUACAGUCUAAUAGAAUAUACUGGAGAAAAGUUACAGUUUAUGCAUUUCAUUGGUAUACUUAACUUAUACAUUAAUGAUCAUCAAUUUCUUCAACAAGAAGAUGUGAACAUGAGCUUCACUUUUGAACUUCAUAAAGCAACCACAGCUGGGAAAAAGUUUUUAAUUCAUCUAGAUCAGCAUACUAAUGAAGAAGGCAAGACAGCACUAAUGUUAGCUUGUGAAAGAGGACAUGAGGACAUUGUACACAGUUUACUGUCUGCUGGAGCUAAUGUUGACAUUCAGGACAAUAAAGGAUGGACUGCACUAAUGAUAGCAGGUAUGCAUAACCACUGUUCAAUCAUUCACAUAUUACUACAAGCUAAUGCUAAUCUUCACUUGAAGGCAUCAGAUGGAUCAAAUGCUGCAAUGAUUGCUAGUUACAAUGGUAACUAUGAAGUUUUUGAGCUAUUGAUUAGUAAAGGAGUUGAUUAUAAAUAUCAACGAGAAGAUGGUUGGAAUGCAUUAAUGAUGGCUUGUGAGAAUGGUCACACUCAAAUAGUGGAACUGUUGUUGAAGGAACAAGUUGAUCCUAAUAAUGGUCAUACUCAAGUAGUAGAACUGUUGCUGAAGGAACGAGUUGAUCCUGAUGUUCAAGACAAAGAUGGUCAUACUGCUUUGAUGGCUGCCAGUUCUAAUGGACAUUAUGAAGUAGUUAAGUUAUUAUUAGAAUGGGAAGCUGAUCCAACUAUUAAAACUAACAAAGGUCACAAUGCAAUAUCACUUUCAAAAGACUCUGAAAUAUCUUUAUUGAUUUACAACUGCAUGUACAAAAAGGAUGUUGAAACAGUAACCAGUGGUUACGAUACAGCAGAUAUCAGUAGUAUGAGUAGUUGUCCUUCAACAUUAACUUUAUCAAUUCAGCCGCAAUAG